AUGAACUCGUCGUCUCUAUACCACUCGUUGUAUUGUAAACUUUCAUCCUCAUAAGAAAUUGAAAUUCUCUUCACAGAAGUGACGCUAUAUCGAAUUUUUAAGACUCUUGGAAACGUCUAUAGAUAGGAACAGAUGUAGUUAUAUAACUGUUAGGCUUAUCAUCAGACUAAGACUGCAUCGUUGGACAAGGAUACUGAAAUAAUUGAAAAACAAAUUAUAGGAAAACAAUUGGGCAACAAUUGGGAAACAUCUAAUCGUAGACACCACAGAAGCGGUAUAACGACACUCAGCCAUCAUGGACGCUUCCUUUGCGAUGCUAGUCGCUUCAAAUGAAAGUCAAACCACGGCCUCCAACGAGACUGCUUCUACAACAACCUUGAUUGAAUCCUUGGGACCUGUUUAUCUUAACUCAGGGAUUUUCAUUGCUGUUUUAUCGAUUGUGGCAACAUUUGGGAAUGGUUUGCUCUUACUUGCGAUAUGGAAAGAUCCCUACAGGACAUUCAGGGUGCCUCCUACAGUGCUUGUGACCGGGUUAGCAGUUGCGGAUUUCCUCACUGGCUUUCUGGUUGGUCCUGCUAUCGCUUAUGUCAGAAUUGCGCCUCAAAGCGAGAGGCACACGAAACGUUUCACCGUCGUUGGCAAAGCGGGGAAAACACUGUCGUUCCUAACAAUGAAUGCCUCAUACUUUGUUCUACUCUUUCUUACAUGGAACCAAUUUGCCGCAGUUCGAUUCCCGCAUCAGCACAGAAAUUUCAUCAGUAACCGAAAAGUUACGGUUUGCGUCGUCGGGAUUUGGUUGUACGCCAUCUCCUUUUCUCUUCUUCCAUUCUGCGGCAUCGAUCCAGAGAUAGUCAACAAAUUGGACUUCUAUAUGCACACCACUGUCUUCAUUGUUCUUCUUGUCAUUGCGUAUCUUUGUCUUUUCUUCGCUUUUCAAAACCAAGUUCAUCGCAUUACUUUAGCAACGACUCAACACUCUGUACACGGCGCCAACCAUGCACGCAGGCAGGGGCUUGGCUUUACACGAAGUAGGAAACGCUCAGAAAGACAGUUUACUAUUCUCACCCUAGUACUAGUUUCGUUCAUCAUUAUUUGCACUCUGCCUUCUUUGAUUCUUCAGUUGUUAACCAUCUAUUGGACCCCGACGAGUUUUGAAGAAAAGCGUAGUAUUUUGAUUGCUCUUGAAGUCUGUAGCGACGUACUGUUUUUGAAGUUUGCUCUGGAUCCGUUCAUUUAUUGCUGGAGGCUCGCGUCCUACAGGAAGGCGCUGAAAAGCGUGUUGAUGUUCGGUAGGGUAUCGGUGGUGAGGGAGAAUCCUUUUUCGUUCACGAAAACUGCACAACCGCGUAGAGGGAUGGCGAAUUGUGUGAUGCCGUUAUCAAGUGGGAGACGAGAAUCGUAUAUGAUGAGCAUUCAACAAGGCAGUGCAACAGGGAGAUACGACGACCAAGGCGAGAAUGAAUCGCACUCCGCGAUAAUUACUAGUCUGCGUGCAGCCCGACUAUAACCUACUUAUAAUACCUACCAAGACCAGAAGACACCAAACUACUAUCAAUGCGUCAUAGGGAGAAACUAGUUAAUAGCGACCCGAAGGCGAGUUUGAACUACACUCAAUGAUUAGCUUCCAAGGCCAGAAAAAACUAUCCAUAACAGAGAAAGAGUGAUAUAUCGUCAUACCCUGCUGGAAGAGUCUCCUUUUAAGUUUUCCGCGAGCGAGAGAAACAAAGUGAGAGAAAUUAAAAGGGAGAGUUUGUCAACAGAGUAUUCAUCGUCAGUGAGUAUAACGACGAAGGCGUGACCGAACACUAAACGACAAUCUUUUGAUUGUGUUGAUGUUGGAUUAUCGUAACAAAUCUGCGUUCCUUUUAUCAGAAAAAAGAAAGGAAAUAGAAAAUAACUGUCAGGACUGACGACUUUUACGAGAAAAAACGCCGAAAUAUAUAUUCUUUUUCCAUGGUUGCGCUUGGAUCCUAGAGGCCAUAUCAAAAACACACUAAUUCUUAUACAUUAUUGCUUCAAAGUUUUGUUUUAAUAUCUAAGCAAAUGACCACUUUUCUAGUUUCUAACGAAAACUGAAAUCGUCAAAAUGCAUCUCAUUUUAACAUGGUUCCCGCUUGAAUUGGUCGCAUUUCAUUUUUCUCAAAUUUUGCUUAAGUCCACAACCUUGAACAAGGUUUUUUUAUUCUACUGAGUAACUUUACUUGGCCCGCAUGAAAAAAUAGUAAGAAUAAUACAUAGAAAUAUAGAUACUAAUUUCAUUGUUUUCUUGUAACUGUAAGUAAUUACACAACUUUCACGGGACAAAUAAAUGUUGAAUGUCGUUAAGAUAACAAUCUAGUUUUACGUUGUAUUUAUAAAUGUCCGUGUUUUUUAUUUUCGUCAAUUUGAAUAGAGUGAAAGCACAGAAAAACACCGGAAGGUAUUAAUUAUAAAGACAGCGAAAAACAAGCUGGGCAAACAGUAGCUUAUUCGUGCAAAUGUUGGUUGAUUUAAGGCUUUUAUUUCGGUGUCUUUAAUGACUUGAUGCAGUGUCUAUUCUACUUGAUCUUGUGUAAAUAUUAGUGAUACCCGACAUAGAGUGCAUCCGAAUUAUUUCAGGGAAAUUAGAAGGUAAGGUUAGAACAUUAUAGUAAGG